UGGCACAUGACAACAAAAAUACGGAAGAAGCAAGAAUCAGCUGACACAAUUCGCCUACAGCUGCAUUGUGUGAUCCCUUUCUGCCUGUAAUAACCAGCUUGCAUUAUGGAGGACCAGGAGAUGCAACUGAAAGUCAGACGAGUGAGUGACAAAUUCACGGAGAGCAUGUACGUCCUGGCUAACGAGCCGUCAGUGGCUCUCUACAGACUGCAGGAACACGUCAGAAGGUCCCUGCCUGAACUGGUGCAGCACAAGACAGACAUGCAGAGCUGGGAGGAGCAGAGUCAAGGAGCCAUCUACACUGUAGAGUAUGCAUGCAGCGCCGUGAAGAGCAUGACAAACAGCAGCAUGUAUUUCAAAAACAUUGAUAGCCUCCUGCGUCAAGCCAUCAGCAUGAAGGAACAGAUUAGCAACUCUCAAGGACGCAGCUUAAGUGAUCAUAUCAACCCCUCUCCCAGUCCAUUUGUCUCUGCUCCACAUGCCCCCUCCACUUCCUCAUGACCUCUGGACAGAGGUGUCCAAGGAAAAGGACUAUGGACUCAGGCGUGCUAAAGGAAGGGGGAGAAAAGCACAGCUCUGGGAUAUGAUGUGACUUCCAGACUUGGUGGCGUUGCUUCUACAGUCCCUCGCUCUACUACCCUUUUGAUUGAGACUGAAGUGGGGUCAUAAGGGCGACACCUCCUCAUCACAAUGGAGUGACUGCCUCCAGUGACACCCCCCCACCACCACCACCACCACAGUACAAGCCGCUCAGUGGAACAGAGCACCACAGCGCUGCCAGGUUCAGCAUUAAAAACACUUAAGUCAUGGACGCUGCUCAAAGAAUGCAUUGUUCUCUUGGACGCGCUGGACGGACCAGAGAGAAAGCAGCCGUGUUGGUUUCGCCUCUGCUGUUGAAAAUCCACUGCACGGCCAAUGUUUUGGACACAAAUUUUCAGGUUUUUGUGAGUUUGUUGUUAAAAACCCCCUGCAUGCAAAUGAUAAAAGCUUAACACAUGUACACAGGGAAAACAUACAAAUGUGUGCUAGAAGGCAGUAACAGGUGCCAAAUUCUAACCUGUAUUUCAGGUUCAAUCUCACAUGCCAGAUUGGGCAUCUAGGAUCUUAAAAAAUAAGAAUCUUAUUUUUCACUCUUUCGCUCUUACCUGCCAAAUAGACAGAAACCCCCAGGCAGAACAGUCCCAUGGCCACAUGUCGUACAGCUCUGCUAUCCAAAAGGAACCAGUCUGCUCUGGAAACAAAUGUCUUAUGUUCAAUGUCGUGGCUCAGACAUGUUUACACUUGUAACGUUGCUACUUCAGUUUUCUCAUCAGUGCAUAAAUGAAGCAUGCAACAUCA